AGAUACUGGUUUCCAUCGCAACCCCUCCCCCCCUUGCCCACGCCUCUGUGACUGUCAUGGCUGCUAAAACGGUGCCAUUGAGGAUGGCUCUGCCGCUUUCCUACGGCGAUACCGUAAGCUGCCAGCUCGCAGCUUGUACUGGGGUUACCGAAUCUGGGGCAGCGGGGUCGGGCGGCCAGUUCAGCCGCUGUUACUCCAAACUAUGUGCGCUCCACCCGUCCGACAGCGAGAGCUCCAAAACUGAGAUGAACCUCCUCUUUGACCAGCUGAUCUCUGAAAACUACACAAAUAACUACGGCGAUAACGCUAACAUUAGCCCAGCGGAUGUCUGCGCCCUGCUCCUUCAGGCCAGUCGACUUGUCCCCUUCAGCCAGGAGCAUCUCGUCAGCAAGCUGUGUCAGCUGAUUCAUCACCUCCUCAACCGGCUUCAGCUGCUGCAGAAUGCACUGAAGGGCAUGCAGUGCUCUCUGAAUGGAGGGAAACUGAAACUGGGGCUUGAUGAACAGCUGGGCUCUUUGCUGGCUGCACUGAAGAAAUACAUGUUCUUUGGGCUGCCUGGGAUGACCCUGGAGAUCCCAGCUGUCCUCUACCCUGCUCCCCUCCCGCAGUACGAGGGCUCCCCCUCUUCUGUGAAACCUGAAAUGCCACAGGACACCCAUUGCACUCCAAGACAGACAGGGAAUAAACGGAGGAAAUCUCGCGGGCGGAGCCGGAAGGCGGGAUUGGAGGGCAAGAGGGAUGAAGAGGCUCCAGAGGCUGGGGCAGAUCCUCCGAAGGAGGGCGCAGGGGGAGGAGACCCCCUGGGUUGGGGGAGUCAGAUUCCUAAAAACCCUGGAUCUCUCUACCGCCAUGCAGGGCAAGACCACGCCCGCCCCUUGUACCCCCUCUGGAAGAAGAUGGUCAGCAGCUCGGAUUCGGAGUUCUCCGACCCAGAGGGCAGCAUGCAAAGCAAAAUGAGGCUGUAUCAGGCGAAGGUCCGGCAGGGGGCACUGCACUGCUUCCUGUCCACAGUGAAGUGUGUGGAGAAGAAGGUUCUGUAUGGCUACUGGUCCUCCUUCAUCCCUGAUGCCCCCGGGACUGGCAGCCCCCCCUCCCUCACUCUGCUCACCAUUGUGCUCAAGGACCCCUCCCCCAAGGCGCGUGCUGGGGCCCUGCAGGUGCUGUCGGCCAUGCUGGAGGGCUCGCGGCAGUUCCUGUCGGCGGCAGAAGACACCAGCGCCCAGCGGCGCGCCUUCACCCCCUUCUCUGCGACGCUGGCAGCUGGCCUCCGCGAGCUGCACCGCUGCCUCCUGCUGGCGCUGCUGGCCGAGUCCUCCUCGCAGACGCUCACCCAGGUCAUCAAGUGCCUGGCCACCCUGGUGUCCAAUGCGCCUUACAGCCGACUGAGACCCGGCCUGCUCAGCCCACUCUGGAGGCAGAUCAAGCCCUACAUCCGCCACAGAGGUAUGCUUGUCUUUACUGCUGCUGCAGUUCCUCCAUCGAAACCCCUCGCUUUCGUGCUGGCUCACCUGGUGAAGGGGUAUUUCUCCAUCGCCCAGUCCUCCAUCCUACAGCUGGGAGAGGUCAGUGCGCAGUGCCUGAAGGAGGCCGACCCCUCCAUCCAGUUGCAUGGGGCCAAGCUGCUGGAGGAGCUGGGGUCAGGAACUAUCCAGCAGUACAAGGUCAAGAGCAAUGCGGUGCGCGCCCUGGGCAACCUGCUGCACUUCCUGCAGCCGCAGCACGUGUCCCGCCCGAGCUUCGCCGGGCCGCUGGAGGAGGCGGUGCGGGCGCUGAUCGGCACGGUGGGCGGCGACGCCACCAUGAAGGUGCGCUGGAACGCCUGCUACGCCCUCGGCAACGCCUUCCGCAACCCCGCCCUGCCGCUAGGCACUGCCCCCUGGACCUCGGACGCCUAUUCAGCUUUGACAGGGGUGGUGAAGUCCUGCAAGAACUUCAAGGUGCGCAUCAAGUCCGCCAUGGCGCUGGCAGUGCCGGGCAGCCGGGAGCGGUACGGCAGCGACGAGCAGUUUGGGGAGGUGUGGGCCGCCCUGGCGCUGGCCCUGGAGAGGAGCGAGGACACGGAGGACUUCCUGGAGUACAGGUACUGCGCCAGCCUGCGGGCGCAGCUCUGCCAGGCGCUGCUGCACCUGCUCGGCCUGGCGCGGCCCGCGGACCUGCCCCGCAUCCGGACCUCGCUGGCGGAGCGGGGCCCGGCGAUCAGGGGGUACCUGGCGCGCUACCACACCGGGGGGGGCGAGGGGGACGACCCCGGCGAGUGUCCGGAGCCCCGGGAGAGGAUGAGGGUCCUGGAGGGAACUCUGGGGCACCUGCGCAACCUCUCCGGGGACGACGGCCCCGAGGGGCCCCUGCCGUCAGUGGUGCCGUUUCUGGAGGACAUUCUGAAGAGCUGCAAGGAACUGAGCCCAGCCUGAGGGGGGGGGAGGACAGCCGGAGCCCCAGCACGUGUGACUGAAACACCCCACAGAGCCCCGGCCUGUUCAGCCGGACAGACGCCACUGGGCUGAGUUACUGCUGUGACAAACGCGAAAUAAAAAUAUGGAAUAUAUAAA